AUGGCCUCUACUGCUACUGCUCCAAGGCAGAACCCGGCACUUCGCCGGACCAUCACCUCGACUACAGUCGAGUCUGAUGUGUCCGCACCCUCAACCGCCAUUGCAUCCCCCGUGGACUCACCAAGACAUUCCGCUUCGUCGACCUCGCUGUCUUCAAUGGCUUCCAUUGGCGAGAAGGCUUCGUACGGAAAGCUUCUGGACACGUACGGCAACGACUUUGCCAUCCCUGAUUACACCAUCAAGGAUAUCCACGAUGCCAUCCCCAAGCACUGUUUCGAGCGCUCAGCCGUCAAGGGGCUCUACUACGUCUUCCGCGAUAUUGUUCUUCUCGGCACCACCUUCUACAUCUUCCACAACUACGUGACGGUUGAGAACAUUCCCCAGACCCCAAUUCGAGCAGCUCUCUGGGGACUGUAUGGCAUCAUGCAAGGCCUCUUUGCCACUGGUAUCUGGGUGCUGGCUCACGAAUGUGGACACCAAUCUUUCAGCACUUCCAAGGUUCUCAACGACACUGUUGGUUGGGUUCUUCACUCGGCCCUCCUCGUUCCCUACUUCAGCUGGAAGAUUUCCCACGGCAAGCACCACAAGGCAACCGGCAACAUGGAGCGAGACAUGGUUUUUGUACCGCGCACCCGUGAGCAGCAGGCUAGCAGACUUGGCAGACUGGUCCAUGAGCUUGGAGAGCUUGGAGAAGAGACUCCCAUUGUGACUCUCAUUCACCUUAUAGGUCAGCAACUGAUUGGCUGGCCCAACUACCUCAUGGCCAAUGUCACCGGCCACAACUUCCACGAGCGUCAAAGAGAGGGCAGAGGCAAGGGCAAGAAGAAUGGAUUCUUUAAUGGUGUCAACCACUUCAACCCGUCCAGCCCUCUCUUCGAAGCCAAAGACGCCAAACUCAUUGUGCUGAGUGACAUUGGUUUGGCCAUCACCAUCAGCACACUCGUUUAUCUGUGCAAGACCUUUGGUACGAACAAUAUGCUUGUUUGGUACUUUAUGCCAUAUUUUUGGGUCAACCACUGGCUCGUGGCCAUUACGUUCCUUCAGCACACUGAUCCCACGCUUCCCCACUACACUCCCGAGUCGUGGACUUAUGUUCGUGGCGCCGCUGCCACGAUUGAUCGCGAAUUUGGCUUCAUUGGCCGUCAGCUUCUCCAUGGCAUUAUUGAGACUCAUGUGCUCCACCACUACGUCUCGACAAUCCCCUUCUACAAUGCCGAUGAAGCCACCGAGGCUAUCAAGAAGGUCAUGGGCCGCCACUACCGCUCGGACACCAAGAAUGGUUCCUUGGGAUUCCUGCAGGCCAUGUGGCGCAGUGCACGAUGGUGUCAAUGGGUCGAGCCCAGUAAGGAUGCCGAGGGCGAGGGCAAGGGGGUACUGUUCUUCCGUAACAGGAACGGUCUUGGUACGAAGCCUGUUAAGAUGUCUUCGUAA